CGACACGGGAACGCAAUCUUCCUUGGUAUUUGAACAAGACCAACCGAGGGUUCUGAGACUGCAGGUCAGAACAUCGUCCUUCCCGGACCGCCUGGCCGACGCCAUGUCCGAAAAGACCCCUCCAUCCCUCGCCGCUGUCGCAGUCUCAUCGAUUCUCCUAGGCUUGCUUGCCGGUUAUUUUAUUGGUCAAGGUUCGAGCAUAGGGGUUUUCGGGGGUGUAGGAAGCGCUGGCGGUGUCAAGAAAAGCUGGCCAAAUAGCUACGAUGUCAAAGUACAUGCCGAUUCCAGCGAUGAGGCAGAUGACGAGGGAGAGGGCGAUGAGGAGACGGGAGAAGAUGGUGAUGGCACGGAGUUGAACAGCUUCCAGGAUUCGAAUGAAGAAGUCAAGUUAGUCUUGGUUGUAAGAACAGAUUUGGGGAUGGGAAAAGGCAAGAUCGCCGCUCAAUGCUCCCAUGCCACGCUCGCUUGCUACAAGUACUUGAUCAAUCAUGUCCCUUCGGCGCCUCUCCUCAAGAGAUGGGAAUGGGGUGGACAAGCUAAAAUAGCACUCCAAGCCAAGUCGGAAGAAGAGUUGCAGACAUUGCAAGCACAAGCCAUGAGUCUUGGACUCUGUGCACGCAUCAUCCACGACGCCGGCCGGACUCAGAUUGCUGCUGGCAGUGCAACCGUAUUGGGUGUUCUCGGCCCCAAGAGCGUUGUGGACCAAGUCACGGGACAUUUGAAGCUGUUAUGAAAUCACAUACCAAAAGACAAUGGAGGUUUCAGUCCGCAUGACAUGACGAUACAGUAUUCGAUUCAUCAACUCGAGUACAGUGCCAGGGCUACUGGACAACAGAAACUCCAAACGCCGGAGAUUUUCCCCCCGCCGUUGAUGUCUUCAUUUGGGCGGUCGGCUGUAUACUGUACUGCCUCUUGAGACGAAGAGUCGUGCCAUUCCGCCCUCAGUCAGCUACCACCAUGAUACCUCGUGCCCCGAGCACAGUCUUCAUAGAUGACAAUUCUCGCUGGUCAGGGUGGGCUUGAACUGACUGACUGGUGACAUGGGCGAGGCAGUCCCUGCGAAUCUACUGUUGAGAUUGCACUGGAUUUUGUUCACUUCCAUGCACAUGGCAGGAAAGAAGGAUCCAUCGGGCUCAUGAAAGGGUGAAGCAUUGAAUCUUCGACUGUGGAAUGCGUUCAAAAGCGCACCCAUGCAGAGCGCUCAACCAGCUGCAUCUGCCUACAAACAGCACAGCAACGAGAACCUUUUGGUUAUUCGACACAGUGAGCGCAGUAUUCGUAGUCUGUCUUUCUCAAUCAGCCCUAGUAUGA